ACCAUCACCCCGUCCUCGAAUGAUUCACCAUAUAAUUGGGUAUAGUAAAAACAUAUCUAAACUGCGGUACGUAUUUACGUUCAAUUAUUUUUGCUUAAUUUGACAGCUCAACGUUUUUCUUCAUGAUUUUUACGAGGCGACUCGCUUCAUCUCUACCGCCAUAUUGUACACGUCGUGUAUGGCAUCAUGGUCGGUUCCUUUGAUAUUAUCGAAUUAACUCUUAAGGGUUGCUAUUCUAUUCCCAUACAUCUACUGUAAUAUUUAAGCAUUAAUUUUGUUUAUUAAGAUCGUAAAAUUUAUAUUUAGGCCUACUUAGCUAACCCGACAACACUUGCUGAUUCAUAUUAUUCCUCUGAUAAUAUUGUUCAACUUCGUAGAAAAUGUUGCGACGUACCAAGCGCCCAUCUAAAUCGCCUUACGCUAGACCGGCACAACAUCCAGUUCUUCGGUCAUUGCCCACACAGAAUCUGACCCCUGCAAUUCCAACCCGGAUUCAGCCCCGUUCGCCAUCAAGUCAACCCCAAAAGGAGAACCAGAUGGGCAUAUAGGACACAGCUAUCAUUUAAUCACAAAGGUAGCCUCCCAGCCUAAUAGCAGAAACCACCGCACUCACACAUCCACCGACGACACCCUUCAUAACAGCUACAAACACCAACGAUAUGUUCAAAAUGAAAGUCUCCGUUUUGAUGCUAGCACUGUUUCUGUGUUCACCAUUGAUUAAGUGUGAAGAUGGACUGCAGUUACAAAUGUCUGCUCUUAACAACAGACUCCAGCAGUUAGAAAAAAUUGUAUUCAUGCAAAAUGAUCGCAUAAUUAACCUCGAAAAAUCAAAUGAGCAUUUGAAAAACAUUAUCCUUGAGAAGUCUGAAAAGAUGGACGAUUUGGAAAACAUUGCAAAGAAACUACAAGCUCAAGCAAUACUGCCUGUUGCCGAUAAAGAUGUGGAUAUCACGAUUGAAGAGUCAAAUACAAGUAGACAUUUGGUAGGAAAAAGGUCGGGUAUAGUCAACAUGCACGGUUCUGGGAAUCUAGACAAAAGAGAACACAUCAAUCGACAAGAUCGCCUAUUGUCUCCUCGUCCAACAACUGCUCCAAACGCCGUAGCUUUCUAUGCUGUAAUGUCCAGAUCAUUGACAAAUCCAGGGGAUCAACACACUUUUAUCUUUGACGAAGUGAAAGUAAAUGCUGGAAAUGGAUAUCACCCACACUCUGGUAUAUUCAUUGCUCCAAGCACAGGUAUCUACGUCUUCACUUGGUCCAUGCGUCUCAUUGGAAACGAACACCAUAGCGCCCAGCUCAUGAUUGAUGGUAAAGAACAUGGUGCAGUGUAUCUUGCUGUUGGCGGAGACAGUAAUAAUGACAACGUCAGCGGCACUGGUGUUGCUUUCCUGAAUCAAGGGGAUGAUGCGUUUAUCAGAACAUCUACCAUUAAUUUGGGCGGUAUCGAGAGUGAUAUUUGGGGAUACACCUCCUUUGGUGGAUGGCUCAUCAAAUAGAACCUCAGUCAAGUUAUCCCGAACUAUUAUGGUCUUCUUCUACAUUGUCAUACAGUAUAAGGAACAUGAGAAAUUAAUGCUUUUGUCCUGCUGUCGAAAAGAACGGUUAAAUGAAAGUUAAGCAUA